GCCCCACGUGCCCACACUUGCAUCUGAGUUGCUUGUUUCGAGUCGGCGGGCGAUUCAGAGAAAAACCUGGAAACGCCUAACCUUUUCCAUGGCGCUCCACCGCAAGAUGCACGGGCUUUCUUUUUUAUGCGAAAAAUCACGAACGCUAGGUCGACAAGACGAUUCUCAUCGUCUCGCAUCCCGGUUCUGAAUCUUUUGGGAACACGCGCUGCGUAUAUUGACACAGAGGGCGGAAAUCGAGAAAGGAAAAGAAAGACCGGGACAGUCACACCAAAACGCCGGGAGAAAGAGCUCCUCUGGAGAAACUAGAUCUCUCUCUCUGUCGUGAGGCAACAUUUUCCGCUUCAUAGUUCCAAGCAAACACCGAACACGGGAAACGGCUGCACCAGGCGCAUCGUCGACAACGACCUCACCCGCAGAAAAAAGAUACACAGAUGCUCGCAUACCUCUUUCCAUAUUGGAUCCAUACACGUUGAUGCCAGCAGGGGCCUUCGACUUUUUCAUCCACAUGUGUAUGCGCAUGUGUGGGAAGCUGCCGUCAAAGCGACUGUACGGCGUCGACUAGCGGGAGGUUAUUCUGUUUUAGAAUCUGUUCAACCCAGUCGGCGAAGUGACAGGGCUGGUGAGUCACUGUAGCGACAUCAUUUGACGUUUUCAUCCCUUUCCCUGGAAGCAACUGCUCCCUUCUCCACCUCCAAAAUGGCCGGUGCAACCGCAGUGUACCAAGAGUACAUCAACACCAAGUUGAACCCCGUUCUUGAGGGGCUCGUCGUCGAGGUUCUCCUCGAACACCCUGAUGACCCAGUCACCUUCAUGAUUUCUCGGCUUUGUCAGCGCGCUGGAAUCCCCGAUCCGGUUGCAGGUACGAAGACUCAAAGCAACAUUGCUGGUUCGAGAGUAUGAACUCGUUUUCCACCACCUACAAUAGAUUCUUUCUCUCAGGUCCCACCUCUCCCUAUGCGGUAACACGCAAUAUGUGUUGCAACGAACAGUCUUCUUGUGUCGCCCACACACACACACACAUACACAGACACGUAUUUUGGCAGCGACUCACGUUUUCUGCAUUUUUGCUGACGAAAUGUUCAAAUGACCGCAUGGUUCCGCGAAGAUACACCAAACAAGCAGAAGGCAAAGACAACGGAGGCACCAAACUCUUCCAAGAAAUCUCUCAACCCAGGAGAAUCCCGUGUGUGAUGAAACAAACAAACAUCUCUGAACAGAUCCAUAACAACUGGGAGCGAGCCUGGCCCUUUGUCGGGACUUGACAGUCCACUUGGAACGGAUAAUGCAUUGAAUCCCGCCAUGACCCACCCACUAAGAAGCAUCUGUGCAGAAUGUGUAGAUGUGUGUUGCAUCUGACACACACAAAUGCAUGAUCUCUAUGCAGAAACGCUCUGUUGAGGUUCCUUGUUCCUUGUCGUUUCGACAUCCACGUGAUCUCCUUCCCUCAUCCAUCUCCCAGGGACUCCAGGCGCGGUCAGCCACUCAGCUCCUGCGUCUGUCAAUCCCACUUGACGCCUCCAUGACCGUUACUUAGACUUCCUUUCUGUCCUGCGCAUAUACUUUGCGCUUCUCUUUCCUUCAUUUCUGUCUCAGGCGCGGCAGGCGGGAAGAAUGAAGCUGAGGAGUUGAAAGUCGAGAUCGGCCUGUUGCGCGAGCAACUGAAAAAUCUGCAGAAAAACGGCGUCGACGGGAGCCCCGCAGAGACGCACGAGUCGGACGACUCUGACGACGAGCACGACGACGACGUCUUUGACGACGACGAAGCGGUGAUGUCCAGAUUCAAGAACCUGAAUAAAAUGCGGUGCUCGGUCUCCGCGGAGGUGUAUGGCGAGUGGAACAAGAAGAAAAACUUUGUUGCACCCGUCUAUGAGAAGGAUGAAGGCCAGAAGGAGCAACUUGAGGUGGGAAGAGCGAAAGAAACACUCGGAGUCGCGGAAGGAAGCGGUUUGACGCCGCUUUCCUCACUAGCGUGUUCCCUUCGCUGAUAAUCGAGAAAUCUGUCCAACAAACACACAGGCAUCAGAGGCAGGGAUUCCGCGUCCGACGGACUGGGAAACACUCUUGUUCCCACUCUCUCUUGUUGCAUCAGCUGUUUCUCUCUCUCCGGCGAUUUUCUGCUAUGUCUGUCGUUUCUCUGUGGGCGUCCUUUCUCUAUGCUGUCUCCGUACGACAGCACACGAGUCCUUGCAUGCGUACAUUCAACUUGGAAUUCCCCGUAUGCAUCUAAGCCCCUCCGUGAGUGUAUCACUGCGCCUCAUGAAGGAAAACGCUCUCGCUUUGCUCUCUUCCUGCGUGCUCACGUGCUCUGCGGUGUGUUUUGCGCGAAAGACUUUUUCAGUGGACUUCUCCGGUAUGUGCCUGCGGCUGUGCAGCGCAUUCUGCGCCAGUCGUUCCUGUUCAACAGCCUGGACGAGAAGGAUCUGAACACGGUGAUUCUGGCAAUGCAGGAGAAGAAAAUCGAAGCGAGCACGUGCUUAAUUCGCGAAGGCGACGACGGCGAGUGUCUGUACAUCGUCCAGAGCGGCGAGUUGAACUGUUCGAAGCUGAUCGACGGAGAAGAGAGAGUGGUGAAGGUCGUCGGACCAGGAGACGCGUUCGGCGAACUGGCGCUCCUCUACAACGCGCCUCGAGCUGCGACAGUGACCAGCGUGAGUGCAUGCGAUUUGUGGGAGCUUGGUCGAGACACGUUCAACGCCAUCGUCAAAGACGCGGCGACGAAGCGGCGAUCCAUGUACGACUCUUUCCUGAAGAGCGUCCACAUCCUCGACGGAAUGGACGCGUACGAACGCGGGAAAGUCGCCGACGCUCUGCGCACGGAAAUGUUCACCGAUGGAGCGUACAUCGUCCGACAGGGAGAACUCGGAGAUGUCUUCUACAUCGUCGAAGAAGGAAGUGCAGUUGCCACCAAGUCCUUCGGCCCUGGACAACCGCCUAUCGAAGUCAAGAAAUACCAGGCUGGCGACUACUUUGGAGAACUUGCGCUGAUCAACGAGGAGCCUCGCGCUGCGAACGUGAUUGCGCAUGGCAUUUGCAAGGUCGCGUGUCUCGAAAGAAAAUCUUUCAAGCGUCUCAUGGGAUCUGUCCAGGAUCUCCUCAGCAAGAAGGCUUCUGAGUACAAGAGAGAAUCCGACUGAGGGAACGCACGGAAGGACGGGGCAAGAAAGCGAAGAGC